GGGCAAAAAAAUCGGUGAAAGGUGAACCUAUAGCUUAGAGCGCCUAGAACCAUUUUACGAGCAUUUAGUUUACAUGUAAGUAUAUGUGUCUUAUUACAAUGUUGUUCUGAUAUUUAUUUUCCAUCCUUUCUCACUAGGAUAUUGAUGAAUUCCUUAUCUAGGAGUGACUUAAUGUCUCAAGCCAGGAUCUUCUCUCACUGCUUUGAUCCAUGCCUGUGACUCAUACAUGGGUCUCAGAGUUUCAUCUUGGCCAAUUCCAGAAGUCAGUGGAUGAUUGAAGAGCCAUUCAUUGCCCAGUCCUGACACUGCUUUUCCCCAUUGGGUCUCUGUGAGAGUCACGUGCCCUGGACAUCUUUGAAAAGAAUCUUCUGAGGCUUCAGCGUUUCACUGAAGUCUCCUGAAUCUCAUCUGCCACUGUGUUGAAUCCUCACCCAUCACAAUGACCAACAAAUUCCUUGGCACCUGGAAACUUGUCUCCAGUGAGCACUUUGAUGAUUACAUGAAAGCUCUGGGCGUGGGAUUAGCCACCAGAAAACUGGGAAAUUUGGCCAGACCCAGAGUGAUCAUCAGCAAGAAAGGGGAUAUUAUAACCAUAAGAACAGAAAGUACCUUUAAAAAUACAGAGAUCUCCUUCAAGCUGGGCCAGGAAUUCGAAGAAACCACAGCUGACAAUAGGAAAGCAAAGAGCAUUGUAACCUUGUCGAGAGGCUCGUUGAAUCAAGUACAGAGAUGGGAUGGCAAUGAGACAACAAUAAAGAGAAAGUUGGUGGAUGGAAAAAUGGUAGUGGAAUGUAAAAUGAAGGACGUGGUCUGCACCAGAAUUUAUGAGAAGGUCUGAGAAAAUCAUUUCCUCACUGAAGUGACAUUUCAUCAUUUGAAGUUGGAAAUCAACUGUUUCAUUGGCAAAGCCUGUCUACACUGCAGUGUGUUGGUUUCUUUUUGCUUUUGUCUUAAUAGAUCAGAUAGGCAAACGCCUAAACUGAGGAUUAAUCUAAAAUUCAGUGUUACUUAAACAUUUCCAAUGGGUAUGCAAGUCUUUACUCAAUUAAAGUAUGUAUAUUAGGCAGACCUAAAGGGUUGAUAAUGUCAUUUAAUUAUCUGUGAAAUUCUAACCUAUAUUGUACUUUGUAUGUUUGAAAUGGUCAUAAAAGGAAAGACUAGGAUGGUAAAAGGAAGUAAGUAUAUUGAUUGGGGUAGCAAACUCAAAUCCCUUCAGGGGCCAGGAGAAUGAUGGGGGAGGAGGACCAGAAGUAAGGCAAGCUAGAAUAAGGAGCUGUUUUAAAAUAAGGAGUUCUAGCUUUACUCUGCUCCAGCCAACUUAAAAAUUGAGGGUUAAUUUAUGGACAGAGAAGUGCAGAGAUAUUAAAGAUAAAGUUUGAUCCAUUAUGACAAAUGAAUGCAGUCAUAUAAUUCACAUUCUGAUUCAGACAAAGUACAUUUCCCUAAUCCCAGGAUGUUUUCUUAUGCUCCUUUCCAGUCAAUGUCCUGCUCUAUCCUUGUUCCAAGAAAAGCAAGUAGUGAUGUAAUUUCUAUCACUGUAGAUUAGUUUUGCCUGUUCUCAAACUUCAUACAAAUGGAAGCAUACAUUAUGUAUUCUUUUCUGUUGCUUUUUUAAAGACAGCAUACUGUUUGUGAAAUUCAUCCAUAUUGUUGCAUGCUGCAGUAAUUUGUUCCUUUUUAUUGCUGAGCAGUGUUCCAUUGCAUGAAUAGAUCACAAUUUAUUUAUCCAUUCUCCUCUUAAGACAACUGAGCUAUUUCCAGUUUUCAGCUUCUACAAAUAAAGCUGCUAUAAAACAUUCUUGUACAAGGCUGUUUGUGGAAAUAUGAAAUCUUUUUCUUUUAAAUAAAGAACUAGGCAUGGAAUCACUGGGUCCAGUAGAUUUUUUGACAGGCAGGAAUAGGGGACCACUGUGCCCAAGAAAUAAAACUAUUUCAGGUAUAUUACAUGAUUGAGCAAAUGAGAAGAUGUACUGAUGUUGUUAGGAGCUGGAAUUUUCCCUCCGGAAACAUACAAUACAGAAGAGGGAAGGUGAGAAGGAACGAAAUGUGAAUGGAUGGGAACAUACGUAAAUUCAUAUGU